GCGUACGUGCAGCAACCGUCUCCGCCUAACGAGGCGGAGCUUAGGGAGCGGCGGGCGGCCGGUGGCGGUCCGGGAGCUGCUGCUGCUGCUGCGGCGGCUGCACCGGCGGCGCCGAGGCCGAGACGGAGGCCGGGGUACGGGCUUAGCGAACGUACCGGGUCCGUGGGGCUCGGCUGCGCCAGCCCUUGCGGCUACCCGAGCGUCUCGGCGGGUCUGUGAGCCGCCCCGGCGAGGAUGCGGCUGUUCCGGUGGCUGCUGAAGCAGCCAGUGCCCAAGCAGAUCGAACGCUACUCGCGCUUUUCGCCGUCGCCGCUCUCCAUCAAACAGUUCCUGGACUUCGGGAGAGAUAAUGCAUGUGAGAAAACUUCAUACAUGUUUCUACGAAAGGAACUUCCCGUGCGACUGGCUAACACAAUGAGAGAAGUUAAUCUUCUGCCGGAUAAUUUACUUAACCGCCCUUCAGUGGGAUUGGUUCAGAGCUGGUACAUGCAGAGUUUUCUUGAACUUUUGGAAUAUGAAAAUAAGAGUCCUGAGGAUCCAAAGGUCUUGAAUAACUUUCUACAAGUUCUGAUUAAAGUCAGAAAUAGACACAAUGACGUGGUUCCUACAAUGGCACAAGGAGUGAUUGAAUACAAGGAGAAGUUUGGGUUUGAUCCUUUUACUAGCACUAACAUCCAGUAUUUUCUGGAUCGGUUUUAUACCAACCGCAUCUCUUUCCGCAUGCUUAUUAACCAGCACACACUUCUAUUUGGCGAUGACACAAACCCUGCUCAUCCUAAACACAUAGGAAGUAUCGAUCCCACCUGUAAUGUAGCGGAUGUGGUGAAAGAUGCAUAUGAAACAGCCAAGAUGCUGUGUGAACAGUAUUACCUGGUAGCUCCAGAGCUGGAAGUUGAAGAAUUCAAUGCCAAAGCACCAGACAAACCUAUUCAGGUGGUUUAUGUGCCCUCGCAUCUGUUUCAUAUGCUAUUUGAGUUGUUCAAGAACUCAAUGAGAGCAACAGUCGAACUCUAUCAAGAUAAAAAAGAGGCCUACCCUGCUGUUAAAACCCUCGUUACUUUGGGUAAAGAAGACUUAUCCAUUAAGAUCAGUGACCUAGGUGGUGGUGUCCCACUUCGAAAAAUAGAUCGUCUUUUUAACUACAUGUAUUCGACUGCUCCUAGACCCAGCCUGGAGCCUACCAGAGCUGCCCCUUUGGCUGGAUUUGGGUAUGGUUUGCCAAUUUCCCGUCUAUAUGCUAGAUAUUUUCAAGGAGAUCUGAAACUGUAUUCCAUGGAAGGAGUGGGUACUGAUGCUGUCAUUUAUUUGAAGGCUCUUUCAAGUGAGUCAUUUGAGAGACUUCCAGUUUUUAAUAAGUCCGCAUGGCGCCAUUACAAGACCACUCCUGAAGCUGACGAUUGGAGCAAUCCCAGCAGUGAACCCAGGGAUGCUUCAAAAUACAAAGCAAAACAGGACAAUUAAAUUUCCUUCAAGUUACCAACUUUCCAGGGACAAGAUCAAAACUAAUAGAACUUUCUAGAGGAUUGAAUGAUCUGGUCCUCUUUGUGAAGAAACAUUGUCUUCUGCAAGUCAACCAGAGAGAGCUGCUUUCUUCCACCUGCUGAGCGUGGCAUCAUAGUUAUUCCUAGUGCUUGAGUGUGUAUCUUCUGUGUACCACCUGGACUUUUUCAUGGAGCUUUUCCUGUAACUACUCCAGAUCUUCCACUAAAGUUGUAACUUGUUUAUGGCAUCUUGCUGUGGUGUGAUUGACGCCUGUCGCCAAAGAGCACGGAGCCUCCUUACAGCUCUUGUGCCCUCGUACUCUCCAUCUUACUAUCAUAGCGUCUGAUGUCUUCAGUCCCUCCAGGAUUCUGUGCGCCUUCCCCGUUGCAGAUACAGCAGAUCAUACUGUUGCUCCUUGUGACCAAAUACCAUAUUUGUCCCAAACCUCCACCUAGGGCCCCGGGACCCUGGAAGUGGAAGACAUCAGCUGGAGAAGCCCUGAUGAUUUAGUCCCAGGGCCUUUUGUUCUCCCAUGCCUCCCUCUGCCACUCUGUGAUUUAGACUUUUGCCUUCUUUCAUCUGAUCGGAUUCUCAUUGUGAGAUGUGGUGACUUUCAUGUUAGAUCUUCCUCAUUGAUGCCUUGAUUUUAUUUUAAAAUUCAUUUGUAUACUUCUUUUGAUUAAAGCAUUCCAAAUGUUGUCUUAGAA